GCCGCCCCGCCCGCGGCAGCUCCCGCCGCUGAAUUUGCUCCGGCCCCUAAUUGUUUCGCUCUCACCAAGAACUUUGUUUACAGUCCCUUGUGCAGAGAGCUGCAUCUCUCUCUUAGGUUUGCUCCGGGCUAGUGUCCGCCGCAGUCCCGCCCGGCAGUCGGGAGGUAAGGAGACAUCCAUGCUAGAAUAUUGUCACCUCCAUUUCAUCAUUCAGCAACAUCUGAUGCUUCAAAGCCUGGAGUGACUCUUACUGCUGCAUAAUUCUGCCUUGAAUUGACAUACGAGACAUCUUAAGCAGUGUUCCUCUGUUUGCUGAGCCAAGCGAUUUGCUACAAUGGAUUUCUCAUGGAUCUGGUAGUGCAAUUUGUGCUCAGCAGAGCCUGCUUUAGCCUGAGAACUGACAAAGUCAAGACAAUCAAGAUGACAAACGAACCCAUUAAAGAGAUCCUGGGCGCACCAAAGCAUCCUGAUUCGGUAACCACGGAGAAGAGUAAUAACAAUGACUGUGUCAUAACCACCAUCCCUCUCGUCAGUGAAUGCCAGCUGACUGCAGCAACAGGGGGAGCAGAACUCUCCUGUUACCGCUGCACCAUUCCCUUCGGUGUGGUUAUCCUCAUAGCUGGCACUGUGGUCACUGCUGUGGCAUACAUCUUCAAUUCCCACGGAUCAAUCAUCUCAGUGUUUGGGUUAGUCCUGUUAUCAUCAGGACUCGUUUUGCUGGCUUCUAGUGCAGUGUGCUGGAAAAUCAGGCAGCAAAACAAGAAAGCAAAGAGGCGGGAGAGUCAGACAGCACUUGUGGCAAAUCAGAGAACCUUGUUUGGUUAAAGACAACCAAGAGGAGGCUGGACAGAAGACAGAACCUUUGUAAGUCAACUUGACUUUUUAUCAAUAGGAGAGAUUGCAGGUUUUAAUUUAACUUUGGAAAUGAAAGGAAAUGAAAAUGGAAUGGAUUAAUACUCUUAACAACUCUGCAAGUGCUCUUAGUAUUUUCCUUACUGCAGACUUGUUAGUGAUUCUUUCCAAGAUGGAGGAAAAAACACUUUUCUUCACAGAAAACAGUGUGAUCAUAACUGCAAUCAUCAUAACUGCAAUCAUCAUAACUGCAAUCAUCAUAACUGCAUUCUCCAACAUACUGAUCAUGUUGGAAAUGGAACUUAUGAGAACUAAGAAAAUAAUUCGAACUGACUUGAAAUGCCAGAGAUCUCCUUAAAAUACACACUGUGACAUUUGACCAAGGGAGAAGUCAAAGCAUUUGAAGUGACUACAAGAUUAUGGCCAGAUUGUCUGCGACUUGUAGCUCAAAACUAAAAACCAAUGCAGCAGUAACAACCAAACACAUUGCAGAUUGCUCAAUAAGCUGAUUCUUGUAUUUUGUGUAACUUUCCCCUCCCAAUAUCUGUGGUACUUUCCCCCUUUUUUAAACCAACUAAUAUUAAUUUUGUGUUACUAUUGAAUAGAAAUGAGUAGAAAUGUGUAAUUAUAUUGUCUAACCUAAAUAACGAGGUAUGAUUAUAGCUUAAAACGUGAGACAUUUUUGUAAAUUAAAGUGUUCAGGUUUAGCACUUUUGAUUAUUUUGCUAUAAAAUGAAAAAGUAAAUUUCAUUAAAAUAAUAUUCAGUGCUGCUAAACCUUUAGAAAAUCGUUUUUCAUUGCUGUCAAGAUAGCUUAUAUCUUCAACUUUGACUGCUUUGCGAUUUUAUUUUUGUAGAACACCUGUGACAAUAACUGUGAAUAUAUGUAUUGCUGUAGAGUAUGGAUUUUGCUCUGAAAGCCCAUCCCUCUUGUAGCUUGAUUAACAACUCAAUUACUGAAAAAUUUAACAGUGAGUUCCACAGAUACUUACUGGCAUAGUCAGUUUUAGACACAACUAUUAAUAAUUGCUUGUGGAAGCAAUAGUGUUUGCUGAAUGAGCUUUGGGAUUACAAAUCUUUAUGAAAAGCAGGUGCCAGGUGUCCCUUGUAUGUGUCUGAGAUGUUUGGUUCUGUAACUCUUGUCUUCUAGAGAUCUUCUAGCUUGUCUCAGGUACUGAAUAAUUGAGGACUGGUUCCAAAUUGAAACAAACCAAAACAUAGUUUCAUCACCUUUACAUUAAAGGACAAGUCAUGCUGCACCAAGUCACAGACUUCCUCCUCAGAGUGUUGGAGGGUGUCAGAAGGCAGAGGGGCUGCAUGGAGUCCUCAUUCUUUAUUGUUUUUUUUUUUUCCUCACCCUUACUUUCUCCAGACUCAAAAGGGCUGGAUGUGGUUGUGCUUUCCACUGCUAGAGCAAGACCUAUGCUAAUGUGCCUGCUCUUUGCCCUGUGGAGCCUCUGUCUUCCAGGAUGGCUGUGACAAUGCCACUGCACAGCACACCUGCCCAACAGGUGCUGCAGGGCAUAGCCUCCUGCAGGUCAUCCCAGAGCCCACACUUCUGCUGAGGUCACUCAGGCAUUCUGGCUUCCUUACUGCCUUUUCCUCUGCCCUCCAUGGUUUAAGCUUGUUACAUCCAUAACUUAUCCCAGGAUUUGCAAAGUGCACUUUGUGUCUUAAGUAGAGCUAGCUGUAUGUAUGGGAGGGCAUGUUUGGAGUCAGUAUUUGCGUUGCCACACUCCGUGGUUACCAGACGCUAUAAUAAAAUCACUUGCAUCAGAGGAAAGCUGACAACACAUUUUAGCACUUCCAGAGCUCUAACUUAAUCACGGCAGGAAGCUUUCCUGCUGCUAGGAGAACAUGUUGCGUCACCAGAACAUCUGACACUGGUGUCUAAUGUCAAUCACUUUGCUUAAGGUCAUUAAAAAUAUUAGGGUGUCCCCUUACGAUGUACAGGUUUUGCAUAAGUGACAAUUCAUGGGAAAUGCAUAGCAUGAUAAAUAAUGGAACAGGUGGACUAAAGUGGAGUCUUUCCUGUUUAAAAUGAGAAAAGUGAUUGACAUUAGCAAAGCUGGAUAAGCUAAAUAGGGCUCUUUAUUUUUUUUCCCCUGGGAACACAAUAGUUUUUCUGACUCCUUCUUUCCCAUCCCCAUUUCUUUUUCCUCAGUGGAAUUUUGCAGGCUGGCGAGGAGAGACUUGUAGGGCCUGUAGAGAUGCAGUGAUUUCCACUACACCUGUAGCAUGAUUCCCCCAUGAUUCCUAGGCUGAGCCCAGAGCAGAAGCAGCCUGUUGCCCUCUUCAGAAGUCUUUCCCAUAUGUGGGUCCUCACUUCACCAUUGCUGUUGUAAGGGCAAGUUUGCAUGUGGUGUGUGGAAGGAAAGUAGAAGUGCAAGAUGAGUCUCUGCUCCAAGUCAAAACAAGAAGUCCAAACUCUGUGGAAUGGAGGCAAUGGGGUUUUGGGAGCAGUUUUUUAAGGAAGGAUAGAUAAGAAUGAGUAAGACUCACUCUGCUACUGCAUCCUGUCCCUUGUCUUCUUUGGGGACCUGGUCCUAGUGUCCUUCAGGAGGAAGCCAGAGGUUGGGAACAGUUUAGCCAGAGGCUUCAUGCCAUGGCAGAUGUUUUCACGCUUCACUCCUAAAUUGCCACAUGGCCUUAGAAAUCAGCACACCUUCACCAUGAUUUGUGCACACUGAUUGUGGGACAACCUGAUGCACCAGCAUCUUUGCUGAAUGAUCGAUGAGGAUAACCAACACAAAUCUCACUCUUAUGUUUUUUUCUUCCUGCAAAUCUACAUAUUACAGAUAUUUUCAUUACUGUGUGUUCUCUCACUGCACCCUUUGUCUUGGUUCCAACACAGGAGCAAUAUAUUCUUCUUAGCCAUUAAAAACCUAUCAUGAGUAUAGUGUGACAA